GUCAGACGGUGCAUUUAGCCGGCAAGUUGCUUUUCCUGCAGGGCUUAGCUGUAUGCGUGAUCAUUCUAUCCGAAUAUUAUUGGGAAGCUGGCUCUACAGUGGUCUGCAGCAGCUUAUCAGUUCUGCUCUACUCUUAAAGGUUUUUGUGUUUAAAAAAAAAAUAGUUAGCAAUCAUGCUAUAGCUAGGAAAUAGUAAACUUGUGAUGAAACGACCAGUGACAUGAUUGUACACCUAAUUGAGCUAAGCCUAAGGUCCAGUGGAAAUAUAAUAUUAUUAAUAAACAAGCAGCUGUAGUCUCUAAUUAAGAAAUUAACGUACUGUAGGCUUUGAAAGUCAUAGGCACGUGAGGAGCCGCAGUCAUCUGAAGAGACACCGCCGCCGGUGCAGGCAGUCCAAGCGAAGCGGCAUUCAGUUACUGCUGCCACCUCACCACACCUGCACAUUCGACGUCUCGAGCACCUGGCUCGCGCGUUCUGCACGUUCCGGGGCGACGUUCGACCGCUGACGAGGGGGGGCGUUAAAGGAAUGUGCAGGUGAACAACAUCCGAUAGCGCGGCGUGCGACUACCAACCGGCCAGGUGCUUCUGCUGUCUGAGACGGACGGACGGACAGCUGCGCGCUCGCGAAGGGCCGGAGCGGAGAACGAAAGCGGGGAGUCGGGUUCGACUAAAAGGCGGGGCGAGGCGUGACGUUACAUUACACGACACGACACUCCUCACAGCUGUCUCUUCCUCAUGAUUGUACUUGUUCGUUUGCCGGCGGGUUCCACACGCUCUUCAUCCACGGGGCGCUCGUAACAGAUUACAACUGACGUGACGGGCUCGGCAACGUGGAGUCCCGUGUAAAAGCAAGAGCAAAAGUGUGCGAGCGGUUUAAAUGCUGCGCAGUGCAGAAUUGCCUUGGCUGAAUAGGUUUAUAAUAGGUACAUUUGAUUGGGUGAGAGUGGUGGUGGACGAGUUUGAUCCGGAGGUCAGCUCGCCCUCUUCGCCCGUGUGGUGACGCGGAGCGGCGGCGGCGGCGGCGGAGCCCACAGCUCGGCCUCGGCCUCGGGCUCCUAGGCGGGCGGGCUCAGGGAUGACGAAGCCCACUGACGCCGGAGAGCCCGCUUCCACGGCGGAGCUCAUGAGCCGCUACGUGUCGGCGGAGCGCGGCUACCGGGUCCCCCGGGAGGGCUGGCGAAUCUGCCUGGCGCAUGAGUUCAAGGAGAAGAGAAAGCCGUUCCAGGCCAGAGACGUGUCCCUGUCCAACGUGAAGAAGCACAUCGGCCUAGGAGUGAGGUAUCUGAAAUGGUGGUACAGGAAGACCCAGGUGGAGAAGAAGGCCCCUUUCAUUGACAUGUUCCGUGCCUUACCUCUUCGGCAGAUCUAUGGUGCACCUUUAGGUGGAAUUGGGGGAGGUACCAUCACACGUGGAUGGAGAGGGGAGUUCUGUAGGUGGCAAUUAAACCCUGGAAUGUACCAUUAUGAAACUGUCAUUGCCAACCAGUUCACUGUAUGUCUGCGGCGAGGACAUCAGACGGUGUACCAGCAAGUACUGUCAGUGGAGCGGCCAUCCACCCUGCAAGGUUGGAAUUGGGGCUACUGUGGCGAGUAUGCCUUUUACCAUGCCCUCUACCCCCGGGCUUGGACUGUCUACCAUCUGCCAGGCCAGAAUGUUACACUCACAUGCCGACAGGUGUCUCCUGUCAUCCCCCAUGACUACAAGGACUCUUGUCUCCCAGUGGCAGUUCUGAUAUGGGACAUUGAGAACAAGAAUGACUAUCCUUUAGACGUGUCCAUCAUGUUCACCAUGACCAAUGGCUCGGGCCAUAAGGAUGACAAAAGUGGGGGCCACUGGAACGAACCAUUCCAUUUGGAGAAACAGGGGGAAUCUGUGUCAGGUGUACUGCUGCACCACUGCACCCCCAUCAACCCUUACACUCUAUGCAUUGCUGCCCGAGAGCAGCCUGACAGAGAGAUUAGCUAUCAAACAGCAUUCCUCCCCAAAGGAACCUGUGAGACGCUCUGGUCUGACCUCAUCUCUGAUGGACGUCUUGAUUCCCCUACAGGCUCUAGCCCCCCCACUCAGAAGGGAGAGAAGGUGGCAGCAGCAUUGGCAGUAAGCUGCCUAGUCCCUGCCCAGGGACACAACAGCAUGGAGUUCAGCCUUGCCUGGGACAUGCCCAGAAUCACCUUUGGUUCGCGUGAGAGAGCACACAUCAGGAGAUACACACGUUUCUUUGGAAGUCAGGGUGACUCUGCAUCCUCUCUCUGUCAUUAUGGCCUCACUCACUACCAAGACUGGGAAACAAGGAUUGAGGCAUGGCAAACACCCAUACUGGAAGACAGCUCCCUGCCUUCUUGGUACAAAUCGGCACUCUUCAAUGAAUUGUAUUUCCUGGUGGAUGGUGGCACCGUGUGGGUAGAGCUUGCUGAGGAUGCUGAUAUCACUGGGAGUCAGAGCUGUGAGUAUGGGGGGCUGCCAGCCCAGCCGUCCGUCAUCAAGGAGUACGGACGCUUUGCCUAUCUGGAAGGCCAGGAAUACAGGAUGUACAAUACGUACGACGUGCACUUCUAUGCUUCUUUUGCCCUCAUCAUGCUGUGGCCAAAGCUAGCACUCAGCUUGCAGUAUGACAUAGCUGGCUGUGUGGUUCAGCAAGACCUUACAGAGAGACUUAAUCUAAUGAGUGGUCAGUAUUCCCCAGUUAAGACCCGAAAUGUGGUUCCACAUGACAUUGGGGACCCUGAUGACGAGCCCUGGCUGCGUGUCAAUGCAUACCUGAUUCAUGACACAGCCAACUGGAAGGACCUGAACCUGAAGUUUGUGUUACACGUCUACCGGGACUUCUACCUGACGCAGGACAAGCAGUAUUUGGAGGACAUGUGGCCUAUCUGCCAGGUUGUGAUGGACUCAGAGAUGAAAUUUGACCGAGAUGGGGAUGGGCUGAUUGAAAAUUCAGGCUUCGCUGACCAGACUUACGAUGGCUGGACUGUUACAGGACCCAGUGCAUACUGUGGGGGGCUGUGGUUGGCUUCUGUUUGCGUGAUGUGCAAGAUGGCACGGCUGAUGGAUAAUAACUCCGUCUAUCAUCGCUACAAAGACAUUUUGGACAGGGGGAGUGCUGCAUUUGACAGUUUGCUGUGGAACGGUCAGUAUUAUAAUUAUGACAGCAGUGGACGGGAACUGUCCAGCAGCGUCAUGUCUGACCAAUGUGCAGGUCAAUGGCUCCUUCGUGCAUCUGGCCUUGGAGAGGGUGAAUAUCAGGCUUUCCCAGUAGACAAGGUACGCCGUGCCCUGAAGUCAGUGUUUGAACUGAAUGUGCAGGGCUUUGCCAGGGGCCAGAUGGGGGCUGUCAAUGGGAUGCGCCCAGAGGGUGUGCCUGACCGUUCCAGUGUCCAGUCAGAUGAAGUGUGGGUAGGGGUGGUGUAUGGACUUGCUGCCACUAUGAUUCAUGAGGGUAUGCUGGAGGAGGGCUUUCGCACAGCUGAGGGCUGUUACCGCACAGUUUGGGAGCAGCUUGGGAUGGCAUUCCAGACUCCUGAGGCCUACUGUGAAAAAGGCAUUUUCCGUUCCCUGGCAUACAUGCGUCCCCUAAGUAUUUGGGCCAUGCAGCUUGCACUGGACUCGCGACGGUGUAAUGGUAGUGUUACAGAGGGUGAACCUGUUGAGGCUGCCUCACCUCCAGAGGCUCACUGAUAGACCUGCAUUUAGGGUGAUACCAGGUGUACUCUGUUUAGUUUCACAAGAAGUAGAACUUAGCAACACUUCACUGUUGUUAUAAGUGAAGUCUCUGUGUACUGAAAGUUUUAUCAUCAGAGUGAUAACUGGAGGAAUUCAUGGACUUGCUAUUGUCAUGUACUGCCUUGCUAUAAGUUAUAGAUGUCUGUGACAUGCACUGACUUACAGGUGAAGAGUUUAAGACUGAAAGUAAACAUUUUUAAAAAAUUACAUCUGGAAAAUUUUGCAAAGAUUAUGCAUUAUGAAUGGCUUUAUGUUGAUUCCUAAUUUUCAUUUACCGUACCACAAAUAUAAAAUACAUUGUCCAAAGGUAAACCUUUGUAACAAUCAAUGUAAUAACUGACAAUAAAUGGCUAUGAAAGUGACUUAUGGUUACAGUUUCAUGUAGUGGUUCUAAAAGAUGUUUGUUUUCUAGGUUAGGUCUUAAAUGUAUAGUGAUUCACUGUGUGCAGUUCUGAUAAAUCUAGCAUGGUACCCACAUCAGAUGAAGUUCUGUUUAAUACCUGGAUUAAUAACAGAAUAAACUACAGCUUUAGGAGACAAAAUCUGCAGUUUUCAAUGCAUCAAUGCUUGAAAAUCCCCUGAUGUUA